UUUUAAAUCACUACAGACAGCGAUCAGAAUCAGACUGAGGUGUGUGUGCUGGUCUCGAGGCAGAGUGAGCGGCUAGCAUUAGCGGCUAACACACACACACAGAGCUGCUGUGGAACACUCACGCACCCGCGCAGUCCGCUGUGAAACACACACACACACACACACACAGCGGCGUCAGACCAGGGCUAGAGCGGCUCGGGCGUGUGUUGAGCACAGAACAGAGCGAAGAUGAUCAAGCUGUUCUCUCUGAAGCAGCAGAAGAAGGACGAGGAGUCCGCGGGAGGAGCGCGAGCCGGAGCCGGCGGGAAGAAGGCGAGCGCGGCCCAGCUGCGGAUACAGAAGGACAUCAAUGAGCUGAACCUGCCAAAGACGUGUGAGAUGGUGUUCCCCGACCCAGACGACCUGCUCAACUUCAAGCUCAUCAUCUCCCCGGACGAGGGUUUCUAUAAAGGUGGGAAAUUUGUCUUCAGUUUUAAGGUAGGACAGGGAUACCCUCACGACCCUCCUAAAGUAAAAUGUGAAACCAUGGUCUAUCACCCCAACAUUGACCUCGAAGGCAACGUCUGUCUAAAUAUCUUGAGAGAAGACUGGAAGCCAGUGUUGACGAUUAACUCCAUCAUAUACGGACUACAGUAUCUGUUCCUGGAGCCCAACCCUGAGGACCCCCUGAACAAGGAGGCGGCGGAGGUGCUGCAGACCAACCGGCGGCUCUUCGAGCAGAACGUCCAGCGCUCGCUGCGCGGCGGAUACGUGGGCGCCACCUACUUCGAGCGCUGUCUCAAAUAGUCCUUGCCGCCGGCCCUCACAUCCCAGAAUGCAUUUAUCGUUUACAUGCGCUGAGACGCACUGACCGACACACUGACCGCACACAGAAGGGGGGAAGGCCGGUCAGUGACUGUUGCUCAGAGAAUCCAGUCGUAUUUCGCCACUAUGCUGGUACCCACUGUUUAUUUUUGCUGAGAUUCACAUGCUAACUUAUCCUCCCACUCACAGAGAGCCAGACAGAUCAUUACACUUGUAUUCAUUACCCAGGCUUGAGGACCCCAUUCUUCUGGGCUUCGGCCAAACUGCCUUGAGUCGCACGUAUUCAACUAGUCACUCAUUUUUACGUUCGCCAAAUAAGACGCGUGUAGCGUCGCCUUCGACCAAUUCUGAUAGUGCUGACACACUGAUCCCCGUUGAAGCUAGAGAGCGGCUAACCCGAGGUCCACCGGAUCCGUCUGCUCAUUGGGCUGUUGUGAGUUUGGGAGACUUAUGAUGUUUUGCUGUAGUUUUCCUGGUUGGGAAUGGGUGGGAUGGGAUUUUCGACGUAGGGUUAGGAAGGGUUGCGUACAAUGUUACAAUUCUGUUGUGUAUAUUGAAAUCCCAGUUGUUCACGAUGACUGCAAUAUGAAUUAUGUUAAAUAAAAUAUUGACUUGAAUGCCUACAUUUUAAGAUUAGUGUAAACUGCAACAGCAGAUUGUCUUUAAAAAAAAAAAAAGCAGCAACAAUAAAAUGUUUUAUCUGACCUGGA